AUCGAACAUUAGUUGUGGAGUGCGCUUACUAUUGUAGUAGUUCUUGUCGGCAUGUCAGAUAGAGGGUUUCAUGGACAUCCGCGUGGACGUGGAGCACCUGGUGGUCGGGGAGACCGUAAUGGGUCAGACAGGCCCUCUGGAAAUGGGUCACGCGUCAACAUUUCAGGACCGUUGAAGAAGCCUGCUGAAAGAGGUCAUUCAGCUUCGUCUGGUUCUGUAUGGAGUUUCAAUGCACCUUGCGAACGGGGUGAUAUUCCGUCGUCUUCGGAAGUCGAAAUUGCCUCGGAAGCUGCCCGCCAGAGAAAGAGCCAUCCAAUCCAGAAAUCUGUGUAUGACAUAUCUACGGGAAUUUCGAAACUAAACAUGCAGAAGACACUUAGAAUGCCGAAUAGACCAGACCAAGGAGGUACAAUUGGCAAGAAAGUCAAAGUCACUUCAAACUGUUGGGAUUUAACUUUUCAUCACAAAACGGUAUAUCUUUAUUUUGUGGAAGCAAACUCAGUUCACCGAUUGGAAGCUAAGGAGGGCAGUAAAACUGAGAUAAGAAUGCCACCAAAAGAGUUGAGAUCUUUAAUUCAGCAGGUAGCAGACUCUUUACCAGAUACGAUUAUAUAUGAUGGCGGUCAUGCCAUAUACUCUGAAGAUCCGUUACCUGGUGUCACAACGGACCCCGUCGAAAGAGAGAUUGAAAUCAAAGAGCCGUUUGGUCGGGACCGCCUCCUUCUCAAGUACCGGAUUAUGGAAGUGCAGAAGGUGUCUACUUCUGAUAUCAGUCAUUUCAUAACGAGUCCGAAAGCGACCUCAAUGAAUAUGCCUCAAGAAUGUAUCAGAUUGUUAGAUUGCAUCUUGAAGACGGUGUCAAAGCAGUCGUUUGUAUCCCUUGGACGCGCAGCCCUAUUUCAGGGGACACCAAUAAAAGUGGUUGCAGAUAAGCUCUUCGCUAUUCAUAAGGGUUUCAUUAGUAGUGUGAGGCCCCAGUGGAAAGUUCGUGUGAACUUGGACAUGACGUGCAAGGCCUACUUUGUAUCCGGGAAUCUAGCGGACGUCAUGUACUCGAAGUACGGAGACAACAUGGCUAGAUGUAGCACUCAAAUGGCAUACGACUUGAGAAAGAUACGAGUUGAGACUGAUAAAUUCUACAGGAGCGAUGAUGGACGUGCAUAUUCCCGACGCUUCACCGUGCACGGGAUAUCCUCACAACCAGCCGAUCGUUUGAUGAUUGAGGAGUUGAAGCAGUCCGUGGCUGAAUACUUCAAGGAGCACCAUCAUAUUACUCUGAAGUAUCCAGAGCUGCCGUGUGUCAAGGUUGAUCAAAAGCGUGAAGUGUAUGUGCCGAUGGAACUGUUAAACAUUUUGCCAUAUCAAGCUCCUAAUGUGAGUAAAGCCGAUGUUGCGAGUGAAGUUAUCCGUUGUGCAGCAAUUCGACCACAGGAGCGCUUUAGAGAGCUGGAAAAUUUUGCUAAUAAUAUGCUGAAGUCCCACCCACUGAUUAAACAAUUUGGUUUAGCGAUUCAGCCGAGGCCAGUGGAAGUUAACGCACGUGUUAUCCAACCGCCAACUGCUGGUUUUGGUCGUUCUGGUGUGCAACAGCUGACGGCAGGUAAAUGGAGCACGCCUGGCUUUCUUCACCCUGCCGGCGGAGGAGUAGAAUUAAUGUGGGCUGUACUUAGCAUUCCGCCUGAUCAGCGGUCUCAUGGUCAUGUACAGAAGGUGAUAUCAGAAUUGCCUAGAGCGGCCAGUCGCUUUGGUGUUCGGUUUAGCCCUCGACCGAUUGUGGCGCAGUGUCCGAGAGGAGAACUUCACAGGAGGUUCGAGGAGUUUUCCAGACAAGGAUGUCGCUUCUUGCUUCUCAUCCUGUACGAUGAAAAGUGCUACUCAUCCAUUAAACGUCUGAGUGAUCUACAAAUGGGCAUUCGGACCCAAUGUGUACGAGGUCGUACUCUGGACAAACCGAACGUUUUCCCGAACCUGUUGCUCAAACUGAAUGGGAAACUCGGCGGUGUGAACUGGCAAAUUCCUGAUCUGAUUAAGGACAGUCAAGAGUUGCUUAUGGUUUUCGGAGCCGACGUCACUCAUCCGGCGCCUACACAAACUCAUGAAAUUCGGAAGUCAGUAGCUGCUGUUAUUGGUAGCGUUUCACCCGAUCUGAUGAGAUACGGGGUAGUUAUCCGUCAACAGGCAACCACAGAAAAAGGCAAUAAGUCAGCUAGGGAAAUAAUCGACGACAUGCGUCUGAUUGUCAGUGAGCUACUCCAGCUUUACCUGCGUAACACGAACGGGCGUUUCCCGACGCGUAUGAUAUUCUAUCGGGAUGGAGUUUCGGAGGGCCAGUUCGAAAAUGUGUUGGUGGAGGAGUUGUGUGCAAUUCAAAGAGCCUGCGCAGAUGUCCGUCCUGGUGAAGAGCCUGCUAUCACUUAUAUUGUUGUGCAAAAGCGUCACCAUAUUCGGUUUAGACCAUCUGACCCCAGGGCAAGAAACGUGGAGCCAGGAAUGGUGGUUGACACAGAUAUCACGCAUCCCAGGGAAUUCGAUUUCUACCUCUGCUCUCAGGAAGGGAUUCAGGGUACAUCGAAACCUGCUCACUAUCACGUUUUGUAUGAUGAUAGUAACUGGACAUCGAAUGCUCUGCAGAUGUUCACCUACCACUUAUGCUACGCGUACAUGAGGUGUUCCCGUAGUGUCUCGUAUCCAGCGCCGACUUAUUAUUCUCAUUUGGCUGCAUUUCGGGCGCGUGAGUGGUUAUCGGACGUAGAGAAACCAGAGAUUCUGUUAGAUGCUGGUCGUUUCAAAGUUCACAGCAGUCAAGUUGACGGCAUGUUUUACUUAUAAACAGAUUUUGUUAUUUUCAUAUAAAUUGUAUUUCCUUUUGAA